CCGCAUCCGGAGCCGCGGGCAGGGCCAGCAGGCAGGCGCGUGCGUGACGGAACCGAAGUCAGUCGCCUUCUCGGCUGCCUGUGCUGUGUGCUCUGCUCUGGCCUUUCUUUCUGCCUGCCUGCCGACUCACCGCUCACGGGAGCUAUAGUCACUCGGACGACCCACGACGACCGACGUCUCUUCCUUGGUGACUCUUGUUUUACUUCCGGAGAGAUGGCUGACGCUGGUGCUGGGACUGAUGCUGAUGCCGGGGCUGCUGUUCCGGAGGUGUUGGAGAGCGGCGGCAGGAGGAGGAGGAGGCCGCGGGGGUGGAAGUGCAUGCCCUUCAUCAUAGGAACUGAGACAUGUGAGAAGGUUGGGUCAAUUGGUGUGGCAGCAAAUCUGACGGUCUAUCUUGUGACACGUUUCAACAUUGGGCAGCUACAGGCAACGAACAUCACCAAUAUUUUCUAUGGUACGCUUAACUUCUCGCCGUUGCUAGGCGCUUUCAUCUCCGACGCCUACUUGGGAAGGUUCAGAACCCUGGCCUAUGGAUCAUUCGCUAGCCUCCUGGGGAUGCUGGGAUUGACCUUAUCUGCAUCACUUCCAGCUCUCAAAGUAUCAAGCUGCAAUCAAACAACCCAAUUGGGUGAACACUGCAAUAGUCCAUCAACACUCCAGCUGAGUGUGUUAUACCUUUCUCUAGGGUUUCUAAUCAUCGGUGGUGGAGCGAUACGGCCAUGCAGCUUGCCCUUUGGAGUAGACCAAUUCGACAUGACUGAUGAAAAAAGCCGAAAGGGCCUGAACAGCUAUUAUAACUGGUACUAUGGCACAACUAGUGCCGCCUUGGUGUUCUCCAUGACUAUUAUCAUCUACAUCCAGACUAAAAUAAGCUGGCCAAUAGGAUUUGGCAUACCAACAUUCUUUAUGUUGAUGGCAAUUAUCAUCUUAUUUAUGGGUACCAGACUUUAUGUCCAUGUACCACCAGAGGGAAGCAUCUUCACUGGAAUUGCCCAUGUUUUAGUGGCAUCAUUUAAAAAGAGAAGACUCAAGAUUCCAUGUCCUGGCGAUACAAAUCAACAAGAGCUACUGCUCUACAACCCUCCCACAAGGGGCAACCGCAUUUUCAGAUUGCCACUUACCUCCCAGUUCAGGUUUCUGAACAAAGGCACAAUUGUAAGGGAAGGUGACAUAAAUAGUGACGGUUCUGCAAGAAACCCAUGGGAGCUUUGCAGUAUCCAGCAGAUAGAGGAGGUCAAGUGUUUGAUAAGAAUUGUGCCUAUUUGUAUUUCUGGCAUCAUGUGCUUCGUUGCAUUGGCUCAACAAUACACCUAUAUAAUCUUGCAAAUAUUAACAAUGGACUGUCACCUUGGGCCACACUUUGAAAUUCCUGCAGCCUCUGUAAUAACCAUAUCCUUCAUCGCCCUGACUGUAUUCAUGCCCAUUUAUGACCGAAUUUUAGUACCUAUGGCUAGAAGAUUCACCGGAGUGGAAAGUGGGAUCACACUUCUUCAGAGACAGGGUAUAGGGUUGGUGAUUUCUCCCAUUUCAAUGGUGGUAGCAGGGCUUGUUGAAUGUAAAAGAAGGAACUCAGCUUUGUCUAAUGGAGGAAAAUCACCUCUGUCAGUCUUUUGGCUUGCCCCCCAAUUGGUUUUAAUGGGUAUUGCUGAGGCCUUCAAUGCAGUUGGACAAAUAGAAUUUUACAAUAAGCAGUUUCCAGAGCACAUGCUAACCCUAGCAGGAUCCCUAUUUUUCGUUACUUUAGCUGGAGCGAACUACUUGAGUACUGCUUUGGCAAGCAUCACAGGAAAGGUGACUAGCAGAGAUGGUCACACAAGCUGGUUGACAGACAACAUUAAUCUCGGCAAACUCGACUAUUACUUCUAUUUCAUUGCCCUCAUGGGAGUACUGAACCUUUUCUACUUCCUUAUAUGCUCGCACUACUAUCAAUAUAAAUCCAUGUCACUCUAUGCUGAAGAGUCCAUCGAAGAGGCAGAUAAAGAGAUUGAGAUCAACACAGAUGUACGUAACAAGUAAGUCUCGUAAGGGAAUUUGUCCUGCAGAGAGUAUAUUACUUUGGACAUAUUCAAGAGGUCUUCAUGUUUUGUAACAUGUCAGACCAACUUUCUUGUUAUCUUAAGAUCUUUUGAAUGUGACAUAGUUUAGCCAGGGCAGAUUAAGAUUAUCCCAAAGAGCAUCAAUAAAGAGAUAAAAGCUGCCUUGUAUUCGAAUUAAAUGAAUUCGAGUUUCCGGAACUUAAUGAAUUCAGCCGUAUUUUUUCAGAA